AUGCUCGAGGCCGCAGCCACGUCUCUCGCAAGCAUAUUGGUGCUUGCUAUCGGUUUCGGGAGUGCUGGAUACCUGUAUCACAAGUUCUACAAGCACCUCGUGCUGAAGAAGAUGGCCAAUGCCUUUGAGCCGGGUGACCCUGUGCUGGAGCUCGCCGCAUUCGGCAAGGGAAUCAACCUGAAGUCGGAAACACAACCAGAAGACAAUGAUGCUAUAGCUGCAGCGCAUUGGAUACAACGGCCGGAGCAGGCGGUAGUGGAUCGUAUCGUGAUGGGUCAGGAGGUCGGACACUACCAUCUCAUCAUAGGCGAGAAAGGUAGCGGUAAAAGCAGUAUGCUGCUCGAUGCAAUGCGCAAGAUCGACGGCGAUGGUAUAGCCAUGUUCGAGGCCCAUGCCGACCUCGAGAUCUUCCGUAUCCGCUUGGGCAAGGCUCUCGAUUACGAGUUCCACGAGGAUUAUAUCGGCGGCUACUUCAGCGAGCGCGGUCCUCGAGACACAACAGCACUGCUGGAUAUCGAGAGGGCACUGAACAAGCUCGAGAAGGUGGCCAUGCUGCGGCGAGCCAGGGUCGGACGGCCGCUGGUGCUCAUCAUCAACCAGAUGCACUUGGUCCGCGAUGAUGAAGAUGGCAAGGAUCUCAUCGAGCUGCUACAGCAGCGCGCAGAGCAAUGGGCUGCCUCGAACCUGGUGACUAUGGUCUUCAACAGUGAUGACUACUGGGUGUAUGAGCGGCUCAAGCAGCUGGCCACGCGCAUGGAGGUCCUCAGCGUUACCGACCUGCCCAAGAUACAAGCCACGGCCGCAUUGCAGCGCUAUCGUUCCCGGUACUUCAGCGAAAGGCUGUCGAACGAGAUGGCGGAGAAGGUAUACGACCAGAUUGGCGGACGGUUGACGUUCUUGAACCGUGUGGCCAAGAGCAAGGAUAUGAUGAAGACCUGUGAGCAGAUCAUUGAGAUUGAGAAGACUUGGUUUCUCAACCAGUGCUGGAUUCUUGGAGCAGAAAUGGAUGACGAUGUCAUGGACCAGCAGAAGUGGGCUGCAGCAGCAAUGGUUCUCGCCCUAGCCCUCGUCGACAAGGAAGCCGACAUGGACAAGACCUACGACCCGGUGAUCGGGCACAUACUCCCGUCGUACCCGCUGCACAAGGCGCAGGAGAUCAUGACGCGCGCCGACUUUGUGCGGCCGCUCGACCGCCUCAACCUCUUCAGUAUCACGAGCCGCGCGCAGGUCCGGGCCAGCUCGGUGCCCAUGCAUCUGGCGUUCCGCGAGAUCUGCUCCGAGCCGGGCUUCCGCGAACACCUGGACAAGACGAUCCAGCGCAUCGCCGACAUCGAGAGCCUGGGCCGCACGCGCGAGCUGGUCGCGAAGGACCUGGUGCUGGGCGGGAAAUACGAGAUCGGCAGGGAUUGGGUUGGUUCUGGAGCUGGUGGUGGUGUGGUCGUCUCGCUGCGACAACCGCCGCCGCCCAAGGAGUCUGAUGAACGUUCAGGCGGUGGCCCGUAG